UUCGACUGUCUGGCAGCGCUAACGACAUCUAGAGAGCCGUUGGCAUUUGAAAAUAAUUCAAAUACAUUUUCCUUUGCAGCAUCAGCAUCUCGACCAGUUUAAACAAUCGUAUUUGUUCAAAAUAUAUAUUUUAUUUUCAUUCGACUGUCAUUCAAAAUGUGGGAACAACUGGAGGGAUAUCGCAAUCUCUAUCUGCAGAAAGAAAUCAAAGACGUGAUGAAGUCAAGUGCCGUUAAUUGCCUACAGAGCAAAGAAUUCGAUACAUUCAGAAAGAAGCGCGAUUGCUGCGUGAGAUUCCAGCAACAAUGCGCCAAGAGCUCCACUUACUUCCAAGAUCGCGCUCAGCUGGCUUACGGCUUCUGGGCACUGCCCAAGCUAAUGAAGGAAAUAGACAGCGACGUCAAUCUUACCCACUGGCGUGCCAUUGUUUCGCUGACCGAAUACCUGCUCAAUCCCCAAAAUGUGCAGCGUGCUGUGUUGGAGAUGGAUAUAGUUAGGAAGCUUAAGAACGCAUUCAUGCGGAUGCGUCUGAAGUUCCACGAGGAGCACUACGAGGAGAUUGAGACAUAUCUGAGGCUCUUCAACAUCAUCUCUCGCAACUUGAAUGGCGCCGAGCAAAUAGCCAAUCGGAAGUGUCUGAUGAUCGAGUUCUAUAAGAUUCUGAAGGACAUGGAGCCGCGCAAGGAGGAUCUGGCCGCCGAGAUACUGCGCAAUCUGACGGGCAAGCCGAAGGUGCUGGGCAUUGUCCUGUCGGAUGCCGAGAACUUGGGCUCGAUUGCGACGUUCUUGAAGACGGAUCCGUGCAAGCCGCUGUAUCCGCCCGAUCUGUGGCACCAUCUGUGCCACAUGCUGGAAGUGGUGCCCGAGCAGGGCAUUGAGCUGGGCCUGUUCCAGCUGCUGCACUCGCGGAUCGUCAAUCGCCUGGCCAAGUUCUGGGAGAUGAACUGCAAGGCGUUCGCUCUGCUGCUGCGCUGCUCGGAGGGGCAGCGGCUGUUCGACGACGUCGACGGCAUCAAGAUGAUCUUCGAGAUCUUCGAGGAGCGACGCAUCGCCAAGGAGAAGAAGCUGCAGCACCAGCAGGUGCUCAACUAUGAGUACGUCGUGCUCGCCCUGCUCAACGGGCUGCACAGCAAGCGCGCCCUGUGGCGCAUGCGCGAGUUCACGCUGCUGAUCUGCCACGUGGGGCGCGCCAUGUACACCAGGAAGAACGCACGCCUGCAGCUCUACUGCCUGGAGGCGCUGCGCGCGAUGGGCGUGAUGCCGUGCAACAAGCGCUACAUCAUAGGCAACUGGCUGGAGGAUAUCUCCAGGCUGGUCUGCUACAGCGCCGAGGCGGAGUGCGCCCGAGACUCUCUGCUCGACUGGCUGCGUCGUGACAUUGCUGACAACAGCUGAAGCAAUGCUGACGCAUCGUUAUCUGCUCUUUAUCUACUUUGGAUUGUUGUUGAGACUAAUUACAGUUACUUAAAUUGCUUUGU